AUGGAUGAGAAGGUGGAGUAUGUGCUAAAGCUAUUUCAAGAGGAUGGAGACUCCUUUAUCCAGAAGGCAGAAAUGUACUACAAAAGGAGGCCUGAGUUGAUAGAAUUCGUCGAAGAAGCUUACCGUGCUUUCAGAGCUUUAGCAGAAAGAUAUGACAAGUUAUCAACAGAUUUACAGAAAGCCAACACCACAAUUGCUACUUGUCUACCAGAGCAAGUCCAGUAUUCUAUGGAUGAUUACGACGACGAUGAUGAUGAUUUUGUUGCUGCAAAACCUCCAAAAGACUUGCCACAGGGACCGCCGCCUCCAAAUGUUCCUAAGGUUCCAGAUGCUCCAAAAAAGUUGUUUGUGACAGAUGCCUCAAAGAAACAUCAUCAGAAGACAAAACCAACAUAUACUCAGAUUAAACCUAAGGCGCCUCCCAAGUCUGGUUUGACAAAGGCCGAAGCAUUUGCAGAGAUUGACAAGCUUCAGAAAGAUAUCUUGGAAUUGCAGACUGUGAAGGAGUAUGUAAAGAGUUCUUAUGAAAGUGGAAUUGAAAAGUACAAUGGCAUUGAGAAUGAGAUUACGGAGAAACAUGACAAGGUUAGUAGGUUGGAAGAAGAGUUUGGUAUCGGAAGCCUAAUUGAAGACAAUGAUGCAAGAACUUUGAUGGCAAAAGCAGCGCUUAAGUCUUGCCACGACACACUGGCUCAGUUGCAAAGUAAGCAAAUGAAGUCUAGUGUGGAAGCUGAAGCAGAGAGCCAGAAACUUGAGGAGGCUCGUCGGAGAUUGAAAUUACUUAAACAAGAGUUUUUCCCUGAUCAAACUGACGAUGAUGAAAUUAGACCGGAUCAGCAUUAUGAUCCAGAGGCAAUAGCUAAAGAGUUUAAUGUCAAAAAUCAAGAUGAACUUGGCCCCGAGGGACAGAAAUUGGAGGCACUUAGAGAUAAGUUUAAAGAAGAAAUUGCUGCUAAAUCUAUCACCGUGACAGAAAUGGCUCAUAAGAUUGACAAUCUUGUCAGUACGGUGAUCAACCUGGAAAGUUUAGUUUCAUCGCAGACUGCUUUGAUUGACAGGCUGAGAACAGAAGCAAGUGAACUGAACUCACACAUUCGACACUUGGAAGAUGAUAAAGCGACUCUGGCAGAUGACCAACAGCAUUUGAGCAAUAGAGUAAAGAAUUUGGAAGACAAAUUUAAAGGGCUCAAUAAUCUAAACCAGAAUGUUGUGAUAUACAACACUAGCCUUCGAACACAUUUCAAUGAGGCUCGUAGUAGCCUUGAUCAACUAUCUGAGAAGCUUCAAAACGUAAAGCCAGAUGCAGAGGAAGAGCGGAUCACACAAGAAGCAUCGGAUGACAAAAAACUAGGAGUAUCAGGUGGCGACAGUGAGAUGACCUCCAAUGCUUCAAAGACAGAAGAAAUAAGUGCAGAUACAAAUACAACUAAACAGAAUCAGAUUACAUUACCUUUUCUGGACCAAAAGAGUGAUGAAGACGAAGAAAGACAUGAUAAACCGGAUGAGGCAGAGAAGGAAGGUCUGUCCCAAUCCACAGAGAAGCCAACCAACGUCGAAACAUCAAACAAAGAUGAAGAGCCUAAGGAGGACCUGAACUGGCCGCAGUUGCUCCUGAAUGGUUUAGAAGACAAAGAAAAGAUUCUUAUGAAAGAAUACACUACAAUUUUACGAAACUACAAAGAUGUCAAGAAGAAGCUUCUCAACCAGGAGAACAAAAAUGAUGACCUCUUUCAAACAACACUACAGGUAAGAGAACUGAAAAAAGCUGUUGCUAAGAGGGACCAGGAGAUCCAUUCUCUGAGGCAAAAGUUGCAAGAAAACGCGCCAGAAACAAGUACCUUGCCUGAACGCGAAGUACCACAUUCUCCUCCAAAAGAUGUACCCGAGGAUGGAAUCAAGACUCCGGUCAGUCCUAAACCACUCUCACCAGUGGAGGAAAUGCUAAGGAGCCAGAUUGAUUCCAUCCUCGAUGAGAAUCUUGAUUUCUGGCUACGGUUCAGUGCCACAUUUCAAAAAGUCCAGCAAUUCAAGAACGAGAUCAGAGACUUACAGGAUGAAAUAUCAUCAUUCAAGACAAGGCCAGACAAAAAGUCCACCACAGAUGAAGUUCACGCAGACAUAAAAUCAGAAGUUCGCGCAGUUUUCAAGCACCUCAACGAGAUCAAAGCAGGCCUAAAACUCUGGCUAGAACAGAGCGAAUCACUCAAGGAAGAACUCCAACGCAGAUUCUCAUCCUUAUGCAACAUUCAGCAAGAAAUAACGUCUGCAUUGAAGGAAGGCGUCGAGGAGGACGAGAUCACAUUCAGCAGCCAUCAAGCUGCAAAAUUUCAAGGUGAGAUUCUGAACAUGAAGCAAGAGAACAAUAAGGUGAAUGAGGAGUUGCAGACAGGGAUGGAUCAUGUGUUUUCACUGCAAACUGAGUGUGAGAUUACUCUAAGAAGACUCGAUAACGAAUUCGGGCUGACAGAGAAGGCAGCAUUGAGGUCUAAUAACAGGCCUCGAGUUCCCCUGCAUUCAUUCAUAUUUGGUGUUAAGGAGAGAAGGAAGAAGCAAUCCAUUCUUUCUUACAUGCAACCUUCAAAAAAGUCCAACCCUUGA